CCGGCGGCCCCGCCGCUGGGUACUUGGCUGUUGCCGCUGCCCGAGGCGGGCUGGCUGCGGGCGCUGGGCGCCCUGCUGCUGCUAGGGCUCUCGGCGCUGUUCAGCGGGCUGCGCCUCUCGCUGCUCUCGCUGGACCCGUUGGAGCUCCGCGUCCUGCGCAACAGCGGCUCGGCCGCCGAGCGGGAGCAGGCGCGGCGGGUGCAGGCGGUGCGCGGCGGCGGCGGCACCUACCUGCUGUGCACGCUUCUGCUGGGGCAGGCGGGGGCCAACGCGGCGCUGGCCGGCUGGCUCUGCGCCUCGCUGCCCGGCGGCGGGCCGGCGGCGGCGGCCGGCGGGCCACGGGGAGCGCCCUGGCUGCCGGUGCUGCUGUGCACCGCCGCCGUCUUCCUGGGCGGUGAGGUGCUGCCCUACUCGGUGUGCUCGCGGCACGGGCUGGCCAUCGCCUCCCGCACGCUCUGCCUCACCCGGCUGCUGAUGCUGGCCGCCUUCCCCCUCUGCUACCCGCUCAGCCGGUUGCUGGACUGGGCGCUCCGGCAGGAGCUCAGCGUCUUCUCUACGAGGGAGCGGCUGCUGGAGACCCUGCGCGCCGCUGGCCCCCACGGCGACCUGGUGCGGGAGGAGCUGGCCAUGGUGCAGGGCGCGCUGGAGCUACGCACCAAGGUGGUGGAGGAUGUGCUGACACCGCUGGCCGACUGCUUCAUGCUCCGGGCCGAUGCUGUGCUGGACUUCGCCACCGUCUCUGAGAUCCUCCGAUCUGGCUACACCCGCAUCCCCGUCUAUGAGGGUGACCGGCGCGACAACAUUGUCGACCUGCUCUUUGUCAAAGACCUGGCCUUUGUCGACCCCGAUGACUGCACUCCCCUGCAGACUGUCACCCGCUUCUACCGCCGCCCGCUCCAUUGCGUCUUUAAUGACACGCGCCUCGACACGCUGCUUGAGGAGUUCAAGAAGGGAAAGUCCCACCUGGCCAUCGUGCAGCGGGUGAACAAUGAAGGGGAAGGAGACCCUUUCUACGAGGUGAUGGGCAUUGUCACCCUGGAAGAUGUCAUUGAGGAGAUCAUCAAGUCUGAGAUCCUGGAUGAGACAGAUCUGUACACUGACAAUCGGAAGAAGGAGCGGGUUCCUCACCGGGGACGCAAGCCCCAGGAUUUCUCCAUCUUCAGGCUCUCAGAGAGUGAGAUGAAGGUGAAGAUCUCCCCUCAGCUCCUCCUGGCUACCCAUCGGUUCAUGGCAACAGAAGUGGAGCCUUUCAAGUCUCCCUACCUCUCUGAGAAGAUCCUGCUGCGGCUCUUGAAACACCCCAAUGUCAUCCAGGAGCUCAAGUAUGACCGAAAGAACAAGAAGGCAGCAGAGCAUUACCUCUACCAGCGCAACCGCCCUGUCGACUACUUUGUCCUCAUCCUGCAGGGGAAAGUGCAGGUGGAGGUUGGCAAGGAAGGACUGCGGUUUGAGAAUGGGGCGUUCACCUACUAUGGUGUCCCUGCCAUCAUGGCUGUUGUCUCCUCAGAAAACGAUGUGCGAAAAAUGGGAAGCCUGGCAGGAUCCUCCUUCCUACUGCCUGUCUCAGUGUCCCGUACUUUCGCCUUCAGCAGAGGGGACUCCCUGGCUGGCUCUCCAGUGAACAGGUCACCGUCGCGCUGCAGUGGCCUCAACCGCUCCGAGUCCCCCAACCGGGAGGACUAUGGAGGCAGCAGCACACAGCUCCACAGCAGCAGCAACAACAUCUACACGCCCGACUACUCCGUGCACAUCCUCUGCGACGUGCAGUUCGUCAAGGUUUGGAGCCACCAAGUCUCCGAGAGGUCCUGGUGGGGCUGGGUGCCCACUGAGCUGGGUGCACGUCUGUGUGCCCAGGUGACCCGGCAGCAGUACCACAACGCGCUGGUGGCCAGCCGCAUGGACAGCUCACCCCAGUCCCCCGACAUGGAGGCCUUCGACAGGGAUUCAACCAAGGCCUCAACUGCACGGGGAACCCCACAGACACCCAAGGAGGACCCUGCCACCCUCCUGAAUGAGAGGAACAGCAUCAUGUGCAGCCGCUCCGAGGGGCCACGCAGUCCCAGCGAGUCGGUGUUCCUGCGCAUGGAGGGCAUCCCCUUCAUCCAGGAGGAGCUGGCUGACAACGAGGAGAACAGCAAGCGGCAGAACAGUGAGUGCUGCGGGACUGUCCCAGAAGUGGAGUCCCCGGGCAGAGAGGCCGGGACCAGCUCAUCGCCGAGCAGCUCUGAGGAGGCGCUGGGCAAGAGGCUGCUGAGAUCCCUCAGUGGGCGCAAGCAGCGGACAUCAUCGGAAGGUGAGAAAUCGCCAGAGGAAAGCUCCAAUCUCGCCCCAUUAAUCACCUGAGCAGCAGCGUGGCCAGAGCACAGUGCUGGAGGCCCAUGCAGACUGGAGGUCUGCAGCAUGGGGGUCUCCUGCCGUGAGGCUCACGUCCAACAGCAGGAGGUCUGCACUCGCUCGCUGCCUGUCCGCCCGCUCGUGCCGCCCCUCCCUGCAGGACUUGUGCAGAGCCCCAUCCCCAGGCGAGAAAGGAUGUAGCCCCGGCAGGGCUGAACCACCCAGGCAGCCUGGACCAGCUAGCUGGAGUCUGAGGGCCCUUGCCCAGCCGCUCCCUGGUAGCAUCUGGUCUCAAGGAAGAGGUGGAAAAGGAAAGGUGAAAAUGUCUGUCACGGCAUCCCUGCAAGCAGUGCAGGGAGGGGCAGCCCAACCCAGAACUGCCCUUUAACAUCAUUUACCAUCCCCAUCCCAGCGAGGCCUGGAGCCCCGCCGCGCUGUGUGCUGCAAGACGUGGUCUCCACCAUGAGGAGAAUGUGCUAUUUGGGGGUGCCACGUGCAGCUCAGGGCCCCAGCACACGUUUGUGCCGUGCCUGGUGACACCCGCUUGCAGCGCCUCGCUCACGCUGACCAUGGACACAGCACUCCCAAAGCCCUGCUAGGCACAGGGCAAGGAGCCCCCUCACCCCCGAGUGCAGCCCCCUCCCUGGGGAGGGGUCUCUCCACGCUGCACUGGACCAUCCUCCUCUCCACACACGCCUGCUGGUGAGAGGGAGGCUCGCACCAAGACUUCGGGGUGGGACAGACCAGUCAGUAGUUUUUGUAGAGGCUCAAUGCAACAGGGAUAUCAACAUUAAAAAUUAUUUUUCCCUGA